UUAGCACGUGUAUAUUUUGUAUUACUUUAGAUCGGCUUAGACGGCGUUAUUUUGGUCUGAGGUUUUGCACCCUUUCUUGCAAUCUUACUUAGCCAUGGAUGUUAGAACAGUGCUAUAUGAUUUUCGAGUAGAACCAGAGAUCCUUGAAAGCAUGCGUCAUGGGACAUCAAAGAUCAAUGAACAAUUGAAGGACAUUCUUUCCUCGGUUGGAUUAGGUAAACAUACGCAGUCCCAUCCCAGUGAAGACGCCAUCUUCCUCUCCAGCUUUGGCAAUGGCAGAUGGGCAAUCUUCAGCUGUCACAGCCCUGACCUGGUGACCUUGACCUUUCACUAUGACAGAUGCCCAAAGGCACAAUCCUUGAAAGAGAGUCCACCUGUUCUUGAUGAAGGAAGCAUGGAGGCAUUGAAACAAGAAGUGGAGAAAGUGCUCAACCCAAAAAAGUGCAAACUGUUCCCAGAGAUUUCAAGAGGUGCAGCCAUCGAUCGAUACGUACCAACCGCGGACAGGAGGCUUGUUGAAUACGACUUUGAUGCUACGACGUUUGAAGCAGACUCAGAAUAUCAAAAUAUCAAGAUCAUGCAUUCGCCACAGUAUGGCAACAUGCUGAUUUUGGAUAAUGAUCCAAAUCUCGCUGAGAGUGACCUGGCAUACACCAAAGCCAUCACGGGUAAUGGGAGAGAGUCUUACACCGGUAAAGAGGUUCUCAUCCUCGGAGGAGGAGAUGGAGGGAUUUUGCAUGAAGUCCUCAAAGAAAACCCAAAGUUUAUCACGAUGGUGGAAAUAGAUCAGAUUGUCAUAGAUGCUGCCAUCAAGCACCUACGAGGGAUCUGUUAUGAUUCUAUGGACUCACUGACAGGAGACAAUUAUGAGGUAAAAGUAGCAGACUGUAUACCCAUAAUGCAACAGUACAUUACAGAAGGCAAGAUGUUUGACUAUAUCAUCAAUGACCUAACAGCUAUUCCUAUUACCACAGAACCGAGAGGUAAACUAUAUCUUUAAUGAUUUUGGUCUCACCUGCAUAGCAGAGCGAGACUGUA